AUGUCCGAAACGAUUAAGACCGUCAGCAUCCCUAACAUCGCGUGGGAAACCUCCGCCAACAUUCACCUCCCACCUAACUUCGACAACAAGGAGUACCCCGCCGUUGUUUCAGCCCACCCGAUCAGCUCGUGCAAAGAGCAGACCUCAGGCAAUGUUUACGGCAAGGCAAUGGCUGAAGCCGGAUUCGUGGUUGUUGCAUUCAAUGCAUCAUUCCAGGGUGCCUCGGGCGGAAAGCCCUGGUUCAUUGAGAACCCCGAGUUCCAGGUAUCUGACUUCCGCUUCGUGGUCGUCCAGACCCUGCCAUACGUCGACCCAGAGCGCAUCGGUGUGCUUGGUAUCUGUGGCGGUGGCGCCUAUGCUAUCAACACUGCCAUGGCCGAUUACUGUUUCAAGUGCUGCGUUGGCAUCACGCCCGCUAACUUUGGCCAUCUCACUCGGGAGGCCUUCGGUGGGUUUGACUUCGCUGGUUCGCUCGAGAAGAUGGCCACCUAG